GGAACGAUGGAGUCACCGCUUCCCAAAGCGCCGGCGAAAAGGCAAGUGACCGCCAUUAUUUUCCUAUUACUAUUGUGGGAGGCGGGCAGUGCUACCAUUAAGUAUUCCCUUCUAGAAGAGAGAGACAGCGGCUUUUUUGUGGCCAACCUAGCAGAAGAUCUGGGGCUGAGUGUAGGGGAGCUGGCUGCGCGAGGAGCCCGGAUUCUUUCCAAAGGGAACAGACAGCAUUUGCAACUCGAACAGAAGAGUGGGGAUUUGCUCCUAAAAGAAAGAUUGGACCGGGAGGAGUUGUGCAGUGACACGGAUCCAUGUAUAUUGCAUUUCCAGGUAUUACUGAAAAAUCCAGUGCAGCUUAUUCAAGGCGAACUACAGGUCCAAGAUGUAAAUGACCAUGCCCCAGAAUUCUUGGAAAAUGAAAUACUCCUAAAAAUCCCUGAAAGCAGCCAUCCAGGGACUCCGUAUCCUUUGAAUAUAGCUCAAGAUUUGGAUGUAGGUAGCAACACAGUUCAGAACUAUGUAAUUAGCACCGACUCCCAUUUCUACCUUUUCACCCGCAAUCACAGCGAUGGCAGGAAAUACCCAGAGCUGGUGCUGGACAAAGCCCUGGACCGAGAGGAGCAGCCUGAGAUCAGGUUAACCCUCACCGCCAUAGAUGGCGGGUCACCGCCCAGGACCGGGACUUCCCAGGUUCUCAUCAUGAUCCUGGACAUCAAUGACAAUGCCCCUGAAUUUGCUCAGAGGCUCUAUGAGGUGCAGGUUCCUGAGAACAGCCCUAUAGGUUCCCUUGUCAUCACUGUCUCUGCUAGAGAUUUAGAUGCUGGGACCCAUGGGGAGCUCUCCUACUCAUUUUUUCAAUCCUCAAAUCAAGUCAUUCAGGCCUUUGAAGUAAACACAAUCACAGGAGAAAUCAGAUUAAAAAAAGUGUUGGAUUUUGAGGAAAUUCAAUCUUACCGUAUGGAAAUUGAGGCGGCAGAUGGUGGGGGUCUUUCAGGAAAAUGCACCGUAGCCAUAGAAGUGAUGGAUGUGAACGACAACGCCCCUGAACUGACCAUGUCUUUACUCAUCAGUGAUAUCCCAGAAAACUCCCCAGAAACUGUGGUUGCUAUUUUCAGAAUUUCAGAUCCAGACUCCGGGGACAAUGGAAAAAUGAUAUGUUCCAUCGAAGACCAUCUCCCCUUCCUUCUAAAACCUAACGUAGAAAAUUUCUAUACCUUGGUAACUGAAGGGUCGCUGAACAGAGAAACGAGAGCCCAGUACAACAUUACCAUCACCGUCACCGACUUGGGGACACCCAGGCUAAAAACUGAGCACAGCAUAACCGUGCUGAUCUCCGACGUCAAUGACAACGCCCCGGCCUUCACCCAAACCUCCUAUGCUCUGUUCGUGAACGAGAACAACAGCCCCGCCCUGCACAUAGGCAGCGUCAGCGCCACAGACAGAGACUCAGGCACCAACGCCCAGGUCACCUACUCACUGCUGCCACACCAGGACCCACACCUGCCCCUCGCCUCCCUGGUCUCCAUCAACGCGGACAACGGGCACCUGUUCGCCCUCAGGUCGCUGGACUACGAGGCCCUGCAGGCGUUCGAGUUCCGCGUGGGCGCCACAGACCGAGGCUCCCCUGCGCUGAGCAGCGAGGCGCUGGUGCGCGUGGUGGUGGUGGACGACAACGACAACUCGCCCUUCGUGCUGUACCCGCUGCAGAACGGCUCUGCGCCCUGCACCGAGCUGGUGCCCAGGGCGGCAGAGGCUGGCUACCUGGUGACCAAGGUGGUGGCGGUGGACGGAGACUCGGGCCAGAACGCCUGGCUGUCGUUCCAGCUGCUCAAGGCCACGGAGCCCGGGCUGUUCGGCGUGUGGGCGCACAAUGGCGAGGUGCGCACCGCCAGGCGGCUGAGCGAGCGCGACGCGGCCAAGCACAGGCUGGUGGUGCUGGUGAAGGACAAUGGCGAGCCUCCGCUGUCUGCCACCGUCACGCUGCACGUGCUCCUGGUGGAUGGCUUCUCCCAGCCCUACCUGCUGCUCCCGGAAGCGGCCCCGGACCAGGCCCAGGCCGACUCGCUCACCGUCUACUUGGUCAUCGCCUUGGCCUCUGUGUCCUCGCUCUUCCUCUUCUCGUUGCUGCUGUUCGUGGCGGUGCGGCUGUGCAGGAGGAACAGGGCGGCCUCGGGGGGUCGCUGCUCAGUGCCUGAGGGCCACUUUUCUGGCCAUCUGAUGGAUCUCAGCAGCACCGGGACCCUGUCUCAGAAUUAUCAGCAUGAAGUUUACCUGGCAGAAAGCUCUGAGACAAGCCAGUUCAAGUUUCUUAAACCAAUAUUCCCCAACUUCUUGGAUGAAGGGAUUGGUAGGGACAUGUAGGAGAAUCCCAAUGCUAGGAAUCGUUCGAGGUUUAAUUAGGAAUCUAACUGACAACACAUAGUGAUAAAUUAUAGAAUUCACUAAUCAAUCUAUAAGUUCCCAAUCCUCUCGUUUGUAUUUAUAGUUAUUUCAACCUGCUGGACUAUUUUAUAUUUCCUCUAUUUUUUCUUGUUGUUGUUAGCCAUUUCACAAAUUCCAUGUGCACUCAAUAGCAGAGAAAGUGUUUCUUAGGAUUGUUGUUGUUGCUAUUUGGUCAGAGUUUUGGAAGCCACAGGUGUUUUCAGGUUCCCGAUCUUUGAGCUUGUUCAUUGAUAUCCUGUUAUGCUUAAGAGAAUUGUGUUCCAAACUUUCUGAUUAUUGUCGGCAUGAAUCUAACUCUAUUGUAAAUAUAGUUUUCAGUUUUAAAAAUAAUUUUUAUUUAUUCAAAACUUUUGGUAAUCUUGUAAAUUGUUGGAUUUCUGUUGUGUUGUUUCAAAACCACUAUUCUUCCCUCAAAUGAACCAGUAUUUUAUCUGGAUGGUGUUUUCUUAAUUGAGUAUUUUCUUUCAAAAUUGAUAUUAUUUAAUUAGACCAUCUGCUGUUAUUCUAAAGGAUUUGAUUUCUGUUACAUUAAAAAAUAGUAGAAAA